CGGUCUCUUGAAACGCUGCCUGCACUUCCGGGGCCUCGAGCCCGGCCCUAGUCUUCCCGUAGGCGGCGCGGGAGGGAAAAAGGUUUUGAGGGGCCGGGCAGAGCCCUUCCUCCCCCAAUGUGAGUAGUGUCCCGAACCUCCGUCAGGCGAAGGCUGCCCAGAGAGGUGGAGCCGGUGGCCGGGCCGGGAACAUGAGGCAGUGUCUCCUCUUCCUGACCAGCUUGGUUCCUUUCGUGCUGGCGCCGCGACCUCCGGACGAGCCGGGCUUCAGCUCCCCCCAGCGACUCGAAAAGCUUGAUUCUUUGCUCUCCGACUACGAUAUCCUCUCUCUAUCUAAUAUCCAGCAGCACUCGGUAAGAAAAAGGGAUCUACAGGCCUCGACGCAUUUGGAAACACUACUCACCUUUUCAGCGCUGAAAAGGCAUUUUAAAUUAUACCUGACAUCAAGUACUGAACGCUUUUCCCAAAAUUUCAAAGUUGUGGUGGUCGAUGGUAAAGAUGAAAGCGAAUACACCGUCAAAUGGCAGGACUUCUUCAGCGGACACGUGGUUGGUGAGCCUGACUCUAGGGUUCUGGCCCACAUAGGAGACGACGACAUCACAAUAAGGAUCAACACAGAUGGGGCAGAGUAUAAUAUAGAGCCACUUUGGAGACUAAUUAAUGAUACUAAUGACAAAAGAAUGUUAGCUUAUAAAUCUGAAGAUAUCAAGAAUGUUUCACGUUUGCAGUCUCCAAAAGUGUGUGGUUAUAUAAAGGCGGGUAAUGAAGAUUUGCUUCCAGAAGGACUAGUGGACAAAGAGCCCCCUGAUGAGCUUGUGCACCGGGUGAAGAGAAGAGCCACGCCCGAUCCCAUGAGGAACACGUGUAAAUUGCUGGUGGUGGCGGAUCAUCGCUUCUACAGAUACAUGGGCAGAGGGGAGGAGAGCACAACUACGAACUACCUCAUAGAGCUGAUUGACAGAGUCGAUGAUAUCUAUCGGAACACUUCGUGGGACAACGCAGGUUUUAAAGGUUACGGAAUACAGAUAGAGCAGAUUCGCAUUCUCAAGUCUCCACAAGAGGUAAAACCUGGUGAAAGGCACUACAAUAUGGCAAAAAGUUACCCAAAUGAAGAAAAGGAUGCUUGGGAUGUGAAGAUGUUGCUCGAGCAAUUUAGCUUUGACAUAGCUGAAGAAGCAUCUAAAGUCUGCCUAGCUCAUCUUUUCACGUACCAGGAUUUCGAUAUGGGGACUCUUGGAUUAGCUUACGUCGGGUCUCCCAGAGCCAACAGUCACGGUGGUGUCUGUCCAAAGGCUUAUUAUAGUCCAAUUGGAAAGAAAAAUAUCUAUUUGAAUAGUGGUUUGACCAGCACAAAAAAUUAUGGUAAAACCAUCCUUACAAAGGAAGCAGACCUGGUUACAACUCAUGAAUUGGGGCACAAUUUUGGAGCAGAACAUGAUCCGGAUGGUCUAGCGGAAUGUGCCCCAAAUGAGGACCAGGGAGGAAAAUUCGUUAUGUACCCCAUAGCUGUGAGUGGGGAUCAUGAGAACAACAAGAUGUUUUCAAACUGCAGUAAACAGUCCAUCUAUAAGACCAUUGAGAGUAAGGCCCAGGAGUGCUUCCAGGAGCGCAGCAACAAGGUGUGCGGGAACUCCAGGGUGGACGAAGGGGAGGAGUGCGACCCCGGCAUCAUGUACCUGAACAACGACACCUGCUGCAACAGCAACUGCACGUUGAAGGAGGGCGUCCAGUGCAGUGAUAGGAACAGUCCUUGCUGUAAAAACUGUCAUUUUGAGACUGCUCAGAAGAAGUGCCAAGAGGCUAUUAAUGCAACUUGCAAAGGCGUGUCUUAUUGCACAGGGAACAGCAGCGAGUGUCCCCCUCCUGGAAACGCUGAGGACGACACCGUGUGCCUGGAUCUCGGCAGGUGUAAGGACGGGAAGUGCGUUCCGUUCUGUGAGAGGGAGCAGCAGCUGGAGUCCUGCGCGUGUAAUGAGACGGACAACUCCUGCAAGGUGUGCUGCAGGGACCCCGCGGGCCGGUGCGCGCCCUACGUCAACGCCGAGCAGAAGCACUUGUUUCUACGGAAAGGGAAGCCCUGUACAGUCGGAUUCUGUGAUGUGAACGGCAAAUGUGAGAAACGAGUACAGGAUGUCAUCGAGCGGUUCUGGGACUUCAUCGACCAGCUGAGCAUCAAUACUUUCGGGAAGUUUUUAGCAGACAACAUCGUAGGCUCCGUGCUGGUUUUCUCCCUGCUGUUUUGGAUCCCUUUCAGCAUUCUUGUCCACUGUGUGGAUAAGAAAUUGGAUAAGCAGUAUGAGUCUCUGUCUCUGUUUCACCCCAGCAAUGUCGAGAUGCUAAGCAGCAUGGAUUCGGCGUCAGUUCGCAUCAUCAAGCCCUUUCCUGGGCCCCAAACCCCAGGCCGUCUGCAGCCCUUGCAGCCCGCCCCCGUGAUGCCUUUGGUGCCUACAGCCCCAAAACUGGACCACCAGCGAAUGGACACCAUCCAGGAAGACCCCAGCACGGACUCGCACAUGGACGAGGAUGGCUUUGAGAAGGACCCCUUCCCAAACAGCAGCACAGCGGCCAAGUCAUUCGAGGAUCUCACGGACCAUCCAGUCACUCGGAGUGAAAAAGCCUCAUCAUUUAAGCUGCAGCGUCAGAAUCGUGUUGACAGCAAAGAAACAGAGUGCUGACUCAGAUACUGACGCUCUGAGCUUUGACUUAAGUGUGCAAAACGUUUCCAUAGAUUUGACCUAAAAUCACUGCAUAUAUUUUGUGAAGAUUUGCGAGCUACAAGGAAGUAACUUCCCAGCAGUGCUGGCCAUGUGUUUGGACUUCCUUCUCUCUGUCGUACUCGUGUGGUUAGGCCCUCUCCUUGUGGACAGGUGAGGUGAAUCUAGCUUAUUUUGAGGCUUUCAGGUAUUAGUUUUGAUCUUUAAGAUAUCCUUCAACCUGUGGUGCAGAAGUGAAAAUACAGCUGGAUCAGGUUAUAAGUAUUUCCAUUUUUGUAAAUCAACCUUUUAUAUUGGUAACAGCGCCGAUUAGGGAAAUGGUCAGUUUUCUUUUUCAUGCACUGUAGUGAUCCGCCGAAUUCGAGGCACUUGGCAGUUACUCGUGAGGACAACUGGAACAGAUGUUUUACCUCUGAGUAAGGAUGGGGAUGAAACCAAGCUAUAAAACAAUCUGGUCUAGUGAGUUGCAAAUAGCCAGUCAAAUUUACAGAAUCCUGCCAACUCUUCAGGGCCCUAAUUUCCUGGGCAGUUUUUUUAUGUUUUAUAAGUAUCUUCAUGUAUUUCUAAUACUGUUGUUUAAAUAAUUCACCAUAGAACCUAAACUACAAAAUAAGAGUAUGGUCGUCUCUUUUUCAAACACUACUGGUCAAGAGGGCAUGUGAGGUUUCCUGUCCAAAGAACAGGUGGUUCUGGGUGGGCCAGGGUGUGAUGUGCUGGCCAGUGGAGGGAAUGCUGCCUCACAAGGCUUUAUUUCUUUGCCAGUGAUUCUCAAUCACCCUGUGUACUAACCUGCAUGCAAGUGGACGUUUGCAUUACUUCUUGCGUUAGGAUUCUGGGCCGUGUGCAUUUACUGUGUGAAGGAUAAGUCAUCAGAUGAAUUCUGAUUUCCUUAAAAUUAUAGUAAAAAGCUUUCUCCCUGUAAGUACUGAAAUUUGCUCAUCAGUCACCAUGGUUAAAUGAGUUAACUUGUAAACUGAGGGCACUUAACCAACCUGUGACAAAGUGUCAUUUUUACUAAGGACGUUUGUUACGCAGAUACCUGUUACACUAAUACUUGAACUUAUACCUUGUGGUAUUUGCUGUCUUUUAACUAGUCGUGAUUAUAUUUUAGUUACACUCUUGGAAUCUGAUGUAAAGAGUGAGGUGUGUGGGUGUAUGCGUGAGUGAAGCAGUUCCCAGCUGAGUGUAAGAAUACCAUUUUUAUAAAAUUGUGACUUUUUAAAAAACAAAA